CUCCCGUCACUAAAAUAAAUGUCGAAGAAUUUUGCUCGUCAUCCAAUUGAAAAGCCAGCGUUUUAUUAAGGAUUCUCCCAAAUUGUUUAUAUUUUUCGCAUUAUAUAUCCACUCUCACGAAGCGCACGUAUCAUGUUUGGUAGACAAAGUGGACUUGGCAGCUCGAACAGCUCCAAUUUAGUCGAGUUCCGUGCAGGACGCAUGAACAUGGUAGGCAAAAUGGUGCACCCCGACACUCGUAAGGGCCUUGUAUACAUGACGCAAAGCGAUGAUGGACUUAUGCACUUCUGCUGGAAGGACAGAACCAGCGGCAAAGUAGAGGACGAUCUAAUAGUUUUUCCAGAUGACUUUGAGUACAAGCGAGUCGAUCAGUGCAAGAGUGGACGUGUAUAUGUCCUCAAGUUCAAGUCGAGCUCACGUCGCAUGUUCUUCUGGAUGCAGGAGCCCAAGACAGACAAGGAUGACGAGCACUGCCGUCGCAUUAACGAGCUGCUGAACAAUCCGCCCUCAGCUCACCAGCGCGGAGGUGGAGGCAGCGGCAGCGAAGGCACCGAUUUGCAAUACAUGCUAAACAAUAUGUCCCAACAGCAGCUGAUGCAGCUAUUCGGCGGAGUCGGACAAAUGGGUGGGCUAAGCUCUUUGCUGGGACAGAUGAACUCCCGCACUCCGUCCUCUCGUAACACCGCCGCAUCGAGCGGAGGUGGCUCAUCUGCUUUGCAAACCCCGGAAAAUGUGAGCGUGGCACGCACACCGUCCGCACCAACUAAGGCCACCAAGGGCAGCAGCCGCAGCAAUCUGCAGAGCGAGGCCGCUGGCGGCACCAGUUCAAGUGGAGAUGUUGAUGCUUCCGGUAAGAAAUUGAGCGAUACGACAACGACACCUACAAGUGGAGCGUAUGCCAAUCCAUUCCAAGCGUAUUUAUCGAAUCUCUCUCCUGAACAUGGCGCAGGUCGUUCACUGAAUAUCGACCUAUCCACGGCACUGUCUGGGGCCGAGGCUAUCAAUCAGCUUAUAGCAGAUCCGGAGCGUGUCAAAUCGCUAAUUGUCCACUUGCCCGAGUCGGAAGAUGCAGAUGAGGAUCGUAAGCAGCAAAUUAAGGAUCAUAUCAGCUCGCCGCAGUUCCAGCAGGCGCUUGCCCAGUUUUCCAAUGCUCUUCAAUCCGCCCAGCUUGGACCAGUGGUCAAACAGUUCGAGCUUUCUGUGGAUGCCGUUACAGCCGCUUACUCUGGCAAUCUGGAGGAUUUCGUGCGUGCCUUGGAGAAGAGUUUGCCAGCUGGCGCCAGCAUGAACACAGAUGAGGGAAACAGCAGCAGCAAGGAGGCCGACAAGAAGGCUGACGCAGACGCGGGCAAGGAAGAGACAGCCGCAUCCGCUGAUAAGCAAGAAGAGAAACAAAAAUAGCGCGUUUAAGCAUAUAAUGCACUAAAUCCCUUAAUAAGCGAUAAGCAAGUGUUUUAAACUUAUUAAUUUUUUGCAUAUUAUGAGAGUAUUCGAUUCUUUAAUAAAUUGGCAAUGCUAAAUCA